AUGUCUUCAUCAUCCGAUGACGAUGCGCCUUUGGCGAGAAAGGCACCGAAUGGAGUGACUAAGACCAAGGAUCGCAUCCUCGGUGCCAAGACGGAUAGGCGACCAUCCACAAACGGGACCGCGUACCCUGGGGUUUCAAUAAGGCAUGGCCCGGUCGACGAAGACGGUGAUAGUCCGAUGAAAGAUCCCUCGCAUGUCAAUGGAGCUGCCUUAGGAAAGCGCCGAUCGCGUGGGAGUCUCACAAAUGGGAAGAGUUACAAGGACCUGAGUGACUCCGAGGAGGCGGACAACAAACCUUUGACCAAACGUCGCAAAACCUCCAAAGUUCUAGUGGACUCCGAUGACGAAGAUGACAUUCCUCUGGUACGCAAAGCCAAGCUGCCACCCAGGGUCGACGCCCGUCAGUUUGGGAACUCAUCCGAUGAUGACGUACCCCUCAAUAAGAAGCUUGCGAAUGAAAAAGCCAAGAUUGAGAAGCGAGCUGAGCAGACCGCUGAGGCUAUCAAAUCUGAUGCGAAAAAGCUGAAGAAGAAGGCAACGGUGGAAGAGAGCGAAAGUGAGGACGAUGUCCCACUCGUGAGAAAGAAGCCAGUUUCGAAAGCAACUACCAAUGGUGUCAAAUCGUCCGCUGCCGCCAAGAAGGCAAAGAGCAAAGCGAAACCCGAGCCUGCCGUCGCUCCCAAGAAGUCUGCAAAAAAGAAGGCAGAGGAAGAAAUGGAAGAGGAGGAGGAUGAAGCUGCAGCAGAAGAGGAGUUCAAAUGGUGGGAGCAGCCCGUACAAGGCGACGGUACCAAGAAGUGGACGACACUGGAGCAUAAUGGAGUCGUCUUUCCUCCGCCGUAUCAGCCGCUUCCGAAGAGUGCCAGGCUCAUCUACGCUGGCACUCCCGUGACACUACCUCCGGAGGCGGAGGAGAUUGCAGGAUUUUAUGGUGCCAUGCUACACUCCACUGUCAAUGUCGAGAACCCGACGUUCAACAAGAAUUUCUUCGAAGACUUCCAAGCAAAACUUGACGAUGUUGGCCAUGGAGUGGACGCGAAGGGAAACAAGAUCAAGAUCAAACGAUUCGAAGACUGUGACUUCACCAAGAUUCACGAGUACUACGUCAACGAGCGGGAAAAGAAGAAGAAUCGUCCCGCGGCGGAAAAGAAGGCCGAGAAAGCUGAAAAAGACGAGGCAGAGGCCCAAUACAUGUUCUGUACGUGGGAUGGUCGCAAGCAGAAAGUCGGCAACUUCCGUGUCGAACCUCCAGGUCUUUUCCGUGGGCGUGGUGAUCACCCAAAGACAGGACGCGUCAAGAAGAGGGUCAAUCCCGAACAGAUCACCAUCAACAUUGGUAAAGAGGCAAAGGUCCCCGAUCCUCCAAAGGGUCAUCACUGGAAGGAAGUCAAGCAUGACCAGGAAGGCACAUGGCUGGUGAUGUGGCAGGAGAACAUCAACGGCGCGUACAAGUACGUGAUGUUAGCAGCGAACUCUGAUAUCAAGGGUCAGAGCGACUUCAAGAAGUUUGAGAAAGCUCGCGAACUAAAGAAACACAUCGCUAGAAUUCGAAAGGACUAUACCAAAGAACUGAAGUCUGAGGUCAUGGCCGAUCGUCAGAGAGCCACCGCGAUCUAUCUUAUCGACAAGUUCGCACUCAGAGCUGGCAAUGAGAAAGGCGAAGAUGAGGCAGACACGGUCGGUUGCUGUUCGCUCAAAUUUGAACACGUCACCUUGAAGCCACCGAAUACCGUUGUCUUCGACUUCCUCGGUAAAGACAGCAUCCGGUUCUACGAUGAGUUUGAGGUAGACCAGCAAGUGUUCAAGAACUUGAAGAUCUUCAAAAAGGCGCCUAAGAGUGAGGGUGAUGAGAUCUUCGAUCGAUUGACCACUUCGGCUCUGAACAAGCACCUCAGCACUUACAUGCAGGGGCUGACUGCAAAGGUGUUCCGUACCUACAACGCCUCUUGGACGAUGGCCAGCCUUUUGAGGGACAUGAAGUCGACUGGUACCAUCGCGGAGAAGGUCAAGGAUUAUAACGAUGCGAACCGCAAGGUUGCCAUUCUCUGUAACCACAAGCGCACUGUGGCAGCAUCACAUGGAACCCAGAUUGAGAAGAUGCAAGAGAAAAUCAAUGGCCUGCGCUACCAGAAAUGGCGUAUCAAGAUGAUGAUGCUCGACCUCGAGCCCAAGCUGAAGAAGAAGAAAGGAGCUGACUACUUCAAGCUCGACGAGGAUUUGACCCCAGAAUGGCUCGAGCAACAUCAAGCCGCACUUGUUGAAGAGCAGCGCCAGAAGAUCACGAAGAAGUUUGAGAAGGACAACGAGAAACUCGUGGCAGACGGUCAGAAGCCAAUGAAGCAGAAGGAGCUGGACGAACGUCUUGAGGUCGCCACUGACAUGGCGAAGAAGUUCAAGAAGGAGAAUAAGACGAAGAAGGUUGAAGCGGAGGGCAAGGGUGCCUCGGUCGAUAAGUUUGAAGCGAACUUGGAUAAGUUGGAUCAACGGAUCGAGACGAUGCGAGUGCAGCUGCAAGAUAAGGAUGACAACAAGGAGGUUGCCUUGGGUACCUCCAAGAUCAACUACAUCGACCCGCGCCUCACCGUCGUCUUCUCCAAGAAAUUCAACGUCCCUAUCGAGCGCUUCUUCUCCAAGACCCUUCGCGAGAAAUUCGACUGGGCCAUCAAGUCCGUCGACGAGGACUGGGAAUUCUAA